UUUCGCGUUAAUGUAUAGUGUGCAUGUGUAUAACAUAUGACGCAUAGCGCCGCUGCUAACACACUGAUUCGGCGUAGAAUGUGUUAGCCGACGCCGUGCGUUAUGGGCUACACACAUAAUACACACCAUACAUUGACUUGAAAUUGGCGUGAAAUGAGUGUCGACUAACGACAAAACAGCGUCCGAACUUAUGUAUGUGUGUCGCUACACACAGUAAGCGGCUCACACGCCGAUGUCGAACGUGAAUUCAACGUACACACUAUCGCUGCGAACAGCAGUUUCGAAACGUAUGUAUGGGUUUGAAUGUGUAUCGCCAACUGAAUUUGUCGUCAUUGAAUAUACUGUGUCUUUUUAUGUUUGCGCAAUUAUGUCGAAAAUUACUGAAUUCUAUAAAUCAGUAAAAAAUAAUCAUUGUAAUGAACAACAAAUUAAUGGAAAUUCUGAAUCGGCAUCAUCUGCUACACAAUUUUAUGGAGACUGCUUAGAAAAUCUGAUUCUUGAGUGUAAUAAAAGUGAUUGCAUUUCCAUCAAAGCAACACUCGAAUCACAGUUGAAGGAUUUGGAGCAAAAAUGUGAAAACGUUGAAGAAGCAGUUAAAAUCGGCAUGGAAAUCGUGGCUGAAAAAAAUACUAAAAUCGAAUAUUUAAUGAAGCAAGUUGAAGUUUUUCGAAAGGGAAAUGUUUUGCCUGAUGUCGCUGCCGAUCAAAAUGAAGAUCCAAACUCCUCACAAAAGUCGACUGUUGUUAGCGAGCGAAAAGUGGUUCCUGCCACUAAUAUCGAGUCAAAGUCUACACAAAAUUCCUCGAAAAAUGUCGACGAAAUGUUCACCUCAUAUGAAAACCAUUUCAAAAAAAAUCAGUUGAGCUAUUUGCGCUCGCUCGACCCGCGUAUGGAAAUGGAUUCACACUUCAUUAAUACAGCCGUGAAAGCAUUGUAUGAUGGCAGACUGAAUGUUCUUCAGAAUAAAUCAGUGACUGGUCGAAGCAAACCUGGUCAAACAAAAGAAGCUGUGACACCCGAAAAGCAUCGUAUUCUGAACGGAAUAUACAGCGAACGCAUACUUACUACGACUGCAGAAAGUGCUGAAAUAGUUGCAAGAAAAAAGAAGCUAAAUAAAUAUAUUAAAGACGCAAUACACAACAUUACUAAAUCGGUUGAUUCAAAAGACUUGGAAAAAGAAACAUGUCAACGUUUAGCGGAUAAAAUGAAUGAAUAA